AUGAUUGAAAACCGGGAAUGCCAAUGUAUUGCACAUAGGGCUUUUUCGGGUUUACUGAGAUCGGACUUAACAUGCACAUCCUGUGGCUGUACUUCGUCAACGUACGACCCGUUUAUCGACAUAUCCCUCGACUUAAAUACAAACGGGCCUUUUUCAAGAAACUCCACGAGCAGCAAGCCAAACGAGGCCUUAACAACACCUUCUCUUGCAAACUGCUUGGAUCAGUUCACAAGGCCCGAAAAGUUAGAACCCGACCAGAAGCUGUACUGUGAAAACUGUCGAGAGAAGCAAAACGCAUUGAAACAAUUAUCACUCGAGAAGCUUCCGUUAGUUCUAUGCCUGCAUAUAAAACGAUUCGAGCACUCUGCUACUCGAAGAAUGUGUAGAAAAAUCGACCGCCAUUUGAAGUUCCCCUUUUCACUCGACAUGGGCCCGUAUUUAUCCUCCUCGAUAAUCAAGAAAAGAUUCGGGAACAGAGUUUUUUCAUUCGAGGGCGAGGAAAAUGAUAGUAGUUCGGCCGAGUUUGAGGUUUUUGCGGUGGUAACUCAUUCGGGCAUGUUGGAAUCGGGACAUUACGUGACCUACUUGCGAUUGAGUGAUCAAUGGUAUAAAUGUGAUGAUGCUUGGGUGACCGAAGUUGAUGAUGAUGUG